AUGGAGACAGAGAAAAUAGAAUCGAGCCCGUCUGAGGAACCAGCGUGGGCCAAGCCCAUUCAAGCCUUCACCGAGAUGAUCACACAGCUUGCCAGCCAGAUCGGCUUGGCAACGUCCAGGAUGGCCAAGAUCGACGCGCUAGAGGCUAAUGUCAACCAGCUCAUACUAACCACACAGAAAGCCAAACAGGGAGCCUCGUAUGAGAAAGCGUCACUAUUCCUGAACCUGUUGCCUGCAACCGGUAGCACAACAGCGGCUGCUGAAGCAGUGAACGAAGUGCCUCAACAUCGGGACGCCAAUGGCACAACAGCGGCUGCUGAAGCAGUGAACGAAGUGCCUCAACAUCGGGACGCCAAUGGCACAACAGCGGCUGCUGAAGCAGUGAACGAAGUGCCUCAACAUCGGGACGCCAAUGGCACAACAGCCGCUGCUGAAGCAGUGAACGAAGUGCCUCAACAUCGGGACGCCAAUGGCACAACAGCGGCUGCUGAAGCAGUGAACGAAGUGCCUCAACAUCGGGCCGCCAAUGGCACAACAGCGGCUGCUGAAGCAGUGAACGAAGUGCCUCAACAUCGGGACGCCAAUGGCACAACAGCGGCUGCUGAAGCAGUGAGCGAAGUGCCUCAACAUCGGGACGCCAAUGGCACAACAGCGGCUGCUGAAGCAGUGAGCGAAGUGCCUCAACAUCGGGACGCCAACGGCACAACAGCGGCUGCUGAAGCAGUGAGCGAAGUGCCUCAACAUCGGGACGCCAAUGGCACAACAGCGGCUGCUGAAGCAGUGAGCGAAGUGCCUCAACAUCGGGACGCCAAUGGCACAACAGCGGCUGCUGAAGCAGUGAGCGAAGUGCCUCAACAUCGGGACGCCAAUGGAACAACAGCGGCUGCUGAAGCAGUGAGCGAAGUGCCUCAACAUCGGGACACCAAUGGCACAACAGCGGCUGCUGAAGCAGUGAGCGAAGUGGUUCAACAUCGGGACGCCAAUGGCACAACAGCUGCGCCUGAAGCACCGCAAGUCUCCAAUGCACCGUGCAACAUUUCGUACAUUCAAGUUUCAGAAAACGUGUCCGUGGCCAGCAAGUGCAGCUGCAGAGAAGGCAACGCAAGUGAGUCGGAAGACGACGAGGAUUACGAUUCCUACGAGGACGACAGUUUGUACGACAUCGUCCGGUUCACGGAACCCGAUGAAGAGACGACCGGGCCAACAGAAACCGACACGAAAGUGACCACGCCAGACGUCACCACCAGCCGUGGCCUUGAUCAUGAAACUGCCAUGCCAAAAAGCCGCACCAGAAAAAGAAGUGUCCUGCUCGACGAUGGAACACCUUGCGUGGCCGAGAUAAACAACAGAGAAGCAUCUGUAAUCACUGGAGAGUGCAGCGAAGGAAUUUGCUGGAAAGUUAACACCAUUUCUUACAAGCUGCCAAAUGCACGACCAACCGUGGUUGACCCUUACGAACGCCUCUGCAAGGUGAACAAGACUCAAAUGAACAAAGCGCUUAAUGUCGUUCUUGGAUGUAUCGCGAGCUGUUACAAGAAGAAAAAUAACACCUGGAUUGAAACGAGGCUGGACGACGGAAGGUUAUGCGCGCUCCCGCAGCAAAACGGCCAGAGUGAGUACGUGAAGAGAACUGGAGUUUGCCGCAACGGAUCCUGCGUCACCGCAAAUGUUGCACCUUGGACUCAUCCGAAUGGUUGUAAAGAGGAAUCUACGACGAUAAAUGGCAAAGUCUUGGCGGUAAGAUGCACCGAUCUCUGCAAUAACAACACGGAGGAAAGGCUAGAAGAUGGAACUCCGUGUUUGCUUCAAUAUACACGGAAGAUCAUGGUCCCUACUGUGUCUCAGACAAUUGUGGAAGGAAUUUGCAAGAACGGGGAGUGCAUCAUAACGCCCCCAACUCCUCCCAUGAUGGUUGUGAACGUUCCUGAAGAAAGUUGCACCCAUAUACUUUCAUCCGUCAGUUAUACGGAAACAGUCGAGUCAGUGUGCUUCAAAGUCUGUUCGUCUCCGGAACGCAGACUGAGGAACGUGGAUAGUGGGACUUACUGUGCUCUGAAGACAGAAGGAAAAUGGUGGCCGAAAGUGACAGAAGUGGGCGAGUGCAUCGGCAGUGCAUGCAUGACUAAAUCUCCGGAUAAACCACCGCCCCACGAAGAGCUGGACCCACGUUCACAUAGUUGCAGAAAAUGGGAUUACGUGACAGUCAUACCUAAACAGCUCAUGGUAGCCGAGUCCUGUCAAGUGGAGUGCGCUGAUGGCGUGUUCGAAAACCGCGUCGAUGGAGUCAAGUGCUUGCUGGAGUACAGCCUUAAAAAGGAACUAAAAGGCUCACAAGGUUGCUACAAGACAGGCGUGUGCAAAGGGGGGUUCUGUGUCACUGGCAAGCACUCGCAGACCAUAAAGACCGAUGACUGAGAGGUGCACAAGCAUGCUUUGGCAUACAUGUGAACGCAAGAAAAUGAACUCGGGAGCUUGUGGCACCUAGCGAGCAUUUCAAUAGACCCACCUGUGCUGAUAAGUAUGUUCAAGAAAGAACAGGAAUCAAUUGUACGAAGACAAAAUACUGUGAAGACGCAACGCAAACGUUUGAAUCUAUUUGAACCGAAGCUUCAGUGAAGAGGUUCAUUAAAGGCUGAACAACUGAC